AUGGGUAAUAGCAUGGUGGUUGAUUGGAAUGAGUAAUUAAAACAUUAAUUCACUAAAGAAAAAUGCAUUGAGCAUAAUCUUUUGGGUCCUAUUGAAAUAUACACUUAUAUUACAGAUGAUUAAGUAAAAAUAUUUAGUAAGACACUUUAGCUUUCAGAUUAGUAAUAUUUCAUUGAGAAGACAAAGUUAAAUCAUCCUAAUUUAUUUCGAGCUUUGUUUAUUGAAAAAUGCUCAAAUUUUUGCAGUCGUGGUCAAGAUAUAUAUAGGGUUUAUUAUGAUUAUCCUGGAGAGGAGACUUUGGAGACUGUAAUGAAAAAAAAGCAAAACCCCUUCAAAGAAUCAGCCAUUUGGAGUAUCAUUUUUUAGGUUGUUGAUUGUGCUGAAUAUCUUCAAAACAAAUUUAAAUCUAUUAGUAAUAUAAGUCUGAAUAGAUUAUAUCCUUAGGAGAGGAAUCUCAAAAUAUUAGAAGUAAAUCAUCUCUUUAAUAUCUUGUCUUCUUAUGAUUAAGCAUUAUAAAACUGCAUUUCAAUUUUAUCCCCAGAAUAAAUAGAUCAAUUAGAAAGAAAUGUGCGUUUCCCUUAAAUAAAUAAUUUUAAAAGCGAUGUUUAUGCAUUUGGAAUAGUCUUGCUAUGUUUAACAACAAAAAGUGAAUUCAAAUAAUUUUAUAAUCAAUUCAAUUAGUUAGACAAGAAUAACAUCUUUUAAAGUUUAUAAACUAUUAAAAAUAAUUAUUCAGAAUUGCUGCAUGGUUUGAUCUAAAAAAUGUUAAUCAAUGAUCCUGAAGAAAGGCAAUCGUGGAUAGACUUAAAAAAAUUCUUAGAUCCUUACAAAGUGCUAUAAGAAUAAGAACAGCCUUUUUAUUUAAAUGUCAAACUUUGUCCUAAAAUUAUUCCUUAAGUACCUAUUGUUCAAAGCCCUCAAAAAAAUGAAAUGAUUUCCUUAUUCCCUAAUCAACCAUAAGUUGUAACCUUAGCCCAACAAAACCCAGAAGUAUUUUGGAUACCAUUUCGUCAGACUUAAAAUUAACAGAUUUAACAAGGUUACUAAUCCAACUUUUUAGAUCAUUCAGAUACUAAUCCAUAAUUAAUAAAUACUCAACCAUUCAUUUCAAAUCAUAAUGCAUUGGCCAAUUAUUAAUCUCCCUAAGUUAACAAUUAAGGAAACAUAUUUAAUUAAUAUCUUCCAGGACCCUAAAAUGGAGCUGAGUAUAUUUAACCGUCACUGGGCAUUAGAUAAGAAUGA